CUCCAUUUAUCGACAACGGCGUCACGGGUCGCCAGUGGACCACCCAUUUCUCGCUGCGCGCGCACUAAUGCCGAAUAAUUCACAAAUAAAAACCUUAAAAUUAUGUAAAACUUUUUAUACGAAUCAUUAUAUGAAUAACACUCAGUUUUGUAAAGAUUUUAUGUAAAACCGUCAGCGCUGUACUGCUGUACUGUUGAGUGAGCAUUCUCUGCGGUCUACUUCCACGUGGCUUCCGGUUGGCAGUUGGCUGAUGUUUACGGUUUCCUUUUAGCUGCACCUCUGCGAGCCGAGCGCCAGCGGAUUUCGGCGAUGGGUCUCAAACGUCGUACCGGCACCAAAAACCCGCCGAUUUUCAGCCACGAGUUCGUGAUCCAGAAUCAUGCGGACAUCGUGUCGUGCGUCGCUAUGGUCUUCGUCAUGGGACUGCUGUUUCAGGUGUCGGCACCAUAUGCUUCGGUGUUCAUCGCACUCCAUCACAAUGUCACGGACGGCAUGGAGACGCAGGGUGUCGUGCACUAUACCUACGGUGUCAAGGACGUCUUCCUCACCUUUUUCUAUUUCCUCAUUGCCAUCGUGAUGCACGCCAUCAUUCAGGAGUACCUGCUCGACAAACUUAACCGGAAGAUGCACCUUUCCAAGAUGAAGCACAGCAAGUUCAACGAGUCUGGCCAGCUCCUCAUCUUCUAUCUCGUUUCCUUCCUCUGGGGGGCCGACAUAAUCCGCAAAGAAGGUUUUCUGCCCAGCAUUAGCAAGGUUUGGGAAGGCUAUCCGCACACGGAAAUGUCGUUCAUGUUCAAGUUCUACUUUAUUGUUCAACUGGCAUAUUGGCUACACUGCUACCCUGAACUGUACUUCCAGAAGACGAAAAAGGACGAGAUGUCAGGACGCAUCACUCACGCCACCCUGCACCUCAUUUUCUUCAGCGUGUCAUACAUUCUAAACUUCACGAGGAUAGCCCUGUGCCUGUCCGUGAUGCACUACCUGGUGGAGACCGUCUUCCAUGCAGCCAGGCUUCUCCUGUUUGCAGAGCGCAACAAGGCUGCCAACUACGGGUUCACGGUGUGGAACGUGGUGUUUGUGCUGGUGCGACUGGCCUCCAUCAUGCUGUCGGUGCUGACCUUCUGGUACGGCCUGGCGCAGCAGGAGAACCUCGACCUGCCCGUCGGGAUGGCCACCGGCAACUUCAAUACCAAGGUCAUCAGGAUCAACUGCAUUGUGGCAGUGUGCCUGCUGCAGGCCUGGAUGAUGUGGCACUUUGUCAACUUCCACCUCCAACUGCUCCGCGAGCGUGCCGAGGCCCAGCAGCCAGCCCAGGGCAAGCGGAAAGUGCUGCCCGGUGCCAAGAAGGAGAAGAAACCCAAGAAGGAGGAAUUCAAGCGGCCAGCCGACGAAGACGUCAGUGAGCUUCCAGAAGUGGACCAGAACGCCAAGAAGGAAUUGCGCUCUCGCAAUUUGGCCAGUCCCAAGGCCAAGCGUAGUUAAUCUACUCUUUUAUGAAAUGUGAAACGAAAAAGUAAACGGAACGAAGCCGCUGUACCAAAAUCUGGCCCAUUUUUUAAAACUGGCGUACCAAUAUUCCGUGUUUUUAAGUGGCACCCCUGUUUUUGUUGUCAACAUCUGGAAAUUGAAACUAUUCUUAUACUGCUGCAUGGCGCAUUCUUUUUUUAAUAAAACCCUUUUGGACGA